CGAAGGAUCCACAAAAUAUCGACACAAGCAACCCCCCACCAUCGAUAUCAACAUGCCCGAAGAACAGCAACCAGACCAUGAUUGGGACAAGGUGAUUCUGUCGUCCCUCAAGAAGGAAACUAAGAAAGGAGAAGAGACUGUGGAUGUGAAGCAAUUGCGAAAACGAGUCCUUCAAAACCUGGAACUCGACGAAUCCGAUAAAAAGGGCAAGAAAGCGUUCAAGAAAGCAAUGAAGGGACUCGAGCAGCAGGAAUGUCUCACCAUUGAUGCCAAUGGAGUUGUAUCCUACCUCAAAAAGAAAAAAGAGGACAAGAAGGAUAAAAAACGAAAGAAAAAGGAAGAAAAGAAGGAACGCAAGAAAAAGAAACAAAAGAGAGAAGAACCGGAAAAGGAAGAAGAUGCUCCAGAAGAAGACGAUGAUGAGGCGGACAGCAAGGAACAGCAAGGUAAUGAGGAGGAAGAACAACAACAUGACAAUGAACCAGAAAACCAAGAAACACAAAAUUCUCAAAAAGGCGUUCCUUGUCCUGGAAAUCCCGGUGGUGUGACACGCUUAUUCCUUGGCAAUCUACCCUUUGCCGUCGACGAAACUUCCUUGAGCGAAUUUCUACCCAACACUGUGACGCACAUUAAAUGGAUCACCGACAAGGAAACUGGAAAAUUCUACGGUUCCGCCUUUAUCGAAAUGGAUACCCCAUCGGCCGCCGCAAAGGCCGUCGAACAAACUACCGGAUCCAAACUCAUGGGACGUCCCGUCAAAAUCAAUUUUGCACCCGCGCGACCGGGGGAUGUAUGGCCUCCGGCAAACAAGGUCAUUUCGGGAAAUGGAAACGCAAAAGGAGGACAAGCAGGAGGAAGCGGUGUCCAAGCCAUGGGAGCCAAACCCGACAAUUGUGUCAAACUCUUUAUUGGAAAUCUCUCCUAUGAUAUUGACGAUGACGCCAUUACCAAGUUCUUUGACAAUGCCGGUGCCGAAGUCAAGGCCGUCCGGUGGUUGUCGCAUAAGGAGACUGGUGAUUUCAAGGGAUGUGGAUUUGUGGAGUUCUGGAACUCGGAAGCCUGCGACAAGGCUGCUACAUUGAAUGGAAAGAACCUGCUAGGUCGACCAAUUCGCAUUGAUUGGACGGAUUGAGGCUAGUGACGGCUUUCGUGCCCACCAUGGCCUACAGUACUCCACCAAAAGCACAACUAGUACCGUAUCGGUUGGCGAAGAUUGUGGCUCUGUAACGGCGGCAUGAAAUACUGAUAAGGAAUCUUUCUAGCUGUGGCAGGCACCAACUAGCUAGUGAACAAAUAAUGCAACUGUUAGCUGGCUAAAAAACGUCACCAGAGACUCAAAACCACAACAAUCAUGUUGGUCAUAGUAGCUUGUUUGACUGCUUUCUUUCACACACUGCCGCGAUGCUUUGCACUUUACAUCAGUCAAUGUCUUAUGAAUUAACGAUAUACUAGCGUGGGAG